GCGUCAGCUUAUUGCGAGCAGCACCGCUGGCUCAAACUGAUUGCGCGGCAGUAUAUAGCGCGGUGUGCGAUGCUGGAGCGGCAGCGCCAUCACAAAAAUGUCAACGGUAGCCAUGUCAGCGCUUUCUGUCGCCAAGCGUUUGCAAGCAUGGACCAAAAGCCUGAGUCUGGCUGUUUGCUGCCAAAGAAAGAAGUCCACAUAUACUCCUCCUCCUGCAAAAUAUGGGGGAAGACACACUGUGACUUUGAUCCCUGGUGAUGGAAUUGGGCCGGAACUCCUGAACCACGUCAGAGAACUCUUCAGAUUUUGCUGUGUACCGGUGGAUUUUGAGAUUGUCAAGGUGGAUUCAGGCGCUGCUUCUGAGAAUGAUAUCAACAAUGCUAUUACUGCAAUUAAACGGAAUGGAGUCGCGCUUAAGGGUAAAAUAGAGACCAACCACAACUUUCCUCCAUCUCAUAAAUCCAGGAACAAUUUGCUUCGGACAUCUUUGGACCUGUAUGCUAAUGUUAUGCACUGCCAGUCACUUCCUGGAGUCCCGACACGCCACAAAGGCAUUGACAUCAUCAUCAUUAGGGAGAAUACUGAAGGAGAGUAUAGCAGCCUGGAGCAUGAGAACGUUCCCGGAGUGGUGGAGUGUUUAAAGAUAAUAACGCGCAUGAAUUCGUUGCGGAUUGCUGAAUAUGCUUUUAACCUGGCUAGGGAAAAAGGGCGCCGUAAGGUCACGGCUGUACACAAAGCUAACAUCAUGAAGUUGGGCGAUGGCCUUUUUCUGCAGUGCUGUAAAGAGGUGGCAGCUGGAUAUCCUGACAUCACAUUUGAUAACAAGAUCGUGGAUAACACCACCAUGCAGCUGGUCUCCAAGCCCCAACAAUUUGAUGUGAUGGUGAUGCCUAAUCUUUAUGGAAACGUGGUGAGUAACGUGUGUGCUGGACUUGUUGGAGGUCCGGGCCUGGUACCAGGAGUCAACUAUGGCAAGGACUAUGCUGUUUUUGAGACUGCCACUAGGAACACUGGGAAAAGCAUUGCGAACAAGAAUAUUGCAAACCCCACUGCCACAUUGCUGGCGAGCUGCCUGAUGCUGGAUCACUUGAAACUUCAUGCAUAUGCCAGUAUGAUUCGAAAUGCAGUUCUGAAAACUUUGUCUGAAACUCAGUUGCACACAUCUGACUUGGGAGGUCAGGGCACGACCUCUGAGGUGGUCUAUUCCAUUAUGCAGGAGAUUCAGAGAGGGGGACCCCGCACAUCACUACAGAUCUGAACUUCAUGUCAGCAGGUUCUAUACUCAGAAUCAACUUUAGAGAAUAAGUUUGACAGAAAAAUAUGGUCAUUUAUUUUGAAAAAUAAGGUAAAUAAAUAGUUUUCUAAAACCUUUUUAGGGUAAAUUCUUCAAUCCAAAAAUGUACUAAACUUGAGAGAGUCUUUUUGCAUCGGUUUAGAUGAAGACACACGCACACACACACACACACACAUGCACGCACGCACGCAAGAAAACGUUCAAUGGAAAAAGGAGGCAGGGAUGUAGUACACUAUGAAGACAGCCUUAACAACUCAGGAUAAAUGACAAAGCUAUACAUUUAUAAGAUUCUAUAAGAAAUAAUUAAAUACAAACUAUAAAACGCAAGGCUUUUACUUUCCUAUACAUUAAUGUUUUCUAUGCUAUUUAUACAACAUGUUUUGGUUCAGUUAGCAGCCCUUAUCUGAUGAGAUUUGUGCCUCUGCACUUUAUUUAUGUAGCGAGUUUUCAUCUGUUGUAGUGUUAACUGAUGAUACUUUAAGAACUUUUAUUAAUA